UGCGUCCGCGCUAAAGUAAGAUGAUGCACUCUUAUGACUAUUUCUUUGUUAAACCAACCUGACUUGGAUGUCUUCUGGUUUUCUUUUUUUUUUCUCCUAUCCAUCUGCCUUGGUUUUCUCUUCCCCUGACAGGGAUUCUCCUAUUCCAAAUUUCCUUCCUGCCCCAUUCCCAGAUUUGAUACUCCGUAGGUGUUGUCAUUAUCUACAACAUCUGUUAUGGUUAUCGCAAUCGUGCGGGCCCAUGCUCGGCGGGCUCCAGGAGCCGGAAAAAAAGUGUCAGAGGCGAAUGAAUCGAAUAAGCUGAGAGGACAGUGGAGUAGAGUUGAUGAGGGAGGGAGAAAACAAAACAAUUCGUGGCAUAUUUAAUGUGUACUUCUACUUUGCCCAUUAUGAUGCUUCGUCGCAACAGAAACGGUAAUCCCGCUUUGAUUGUCAAGCCGGCUUUGGUGUACGGACUAGGUUUGUCAACAUGAACUAAGUCGUCGCAUUUCGGCCCAUCACAACAGCGUCCCUGAAUGGAGAAAUACAAGUUGCUGUCGAGUCUACUUGCGAGGUGGACCGUGGACAUAAAAGUGACUCGUUCGGCCCCCGUCCAGUCUCAACUUUCUUGCCAAUAACUGAAGUCGAGGAUUUUGCCGCGCCUCCUUCCAGCUCUCAUUCACUGGCAACUUACGGUGGUACUUGUCUGGCUGUGUUAGCGUAUUUUUCAAGGCGAUCUGACCACAUAGUUGGAGCCUACGCCUCCUUUUGCCUAAUAUGGAUACUAGUACUGCUCGUUCCUGCUACGCCUUGCCAUGCCACGUCCCAAGUUUUUUUCUUCCUUCGAGUGAUUGUGUUCCUUUCCUCUUUCAUCAAGUCAGGCCAUAUACUUGUCCGUCUCACAUCUGCUGGCGACCCGUCUAUCCUAUCACAUACGCAUCUACCGACUUCCUUUCUCAUUCUCUUUUCCAAUGGACAGCGAUGUGAGGACUACCAGGAAGAGACGGCGCCCGAAGAGCGGGUUAAUUUCCAGGGUGCGCUGGUCAUCCGAGGAUAGGCAACGGCUGAUCGACCUGAAAGAUCAACAUAGUGAACUCGAUUGGAAUCAAUUCCACGAUUUGGGACUCUUCCCCGGUCGAACUCCGCGGGCGCUACAAUGGGCAUAUGAUCGUGCUACUGGAAUCCGUGUCAUGAGGCGCAAUGGUAGUAGGGCGUCCAAGCGUCCCACAUCACCAUCAUUCGAGUCACUUGACGAGCGACAGCGGAAGAAACUUCGCCGAGGAGAGGAAGAGGACACUGAUUACGACGAGACAAGCAGUGAGGAAGAGGCAAGCGACGACUCAGACGAAUCAUCGUGUGAAAGCUCGAGCGAGCACGACGAGCCAGAGAGCAAGAAUGACACUGCGACCGCGAACCGGCCGAACAGAAUGCAGUCAUCCGAAAAGCCAUACCCCUGGAACAUUACAACCUCCACGCCUUCCGGCCCUGUCCGUAUCUCAGCAGCCCCAGGUCCUUCGACAGGUAUCUGUGGACGCUCCGAAUCAGCUAAUACGCAGAAUAGGGCUCGCCAGGAUAACAGUUCACCAUCAGGGAAGAAAGCACGCGAGACAAAACUGGCUGGACCAUGCAAGUCUCCGGCAUCGCAGAGCUUGCUUCAGGCUGCUCACGCUCUUCAACAGCAGGAGUCUAAUCUCAACGCCUUGGAAGCGCGACAAGAGUCUCAGAACUCGUACCUUAAAGAGGAGCUCGAUCGCUUGAGACAGGAAAUCGCUGGAAUGAAGCGGCGGAAUACACACUUGGAGAAGACAGUCGAGGAUCUCAGAUCGUCAAGACAAGCGGAGAUGGAGGAAGCAUUGCUCAGACAGAUUCACGAACGCUUGAAUGAUAGCGAUGAACUUUACAAGGAGAGAUUCAAGGAGCUUAAGCACGAGGUUGACGAGAUGAAGAUCAAGGAGACAACCGAGAUCAAGCCCGGGUUGGAGUCCGUACAGAAGCGAGUGGAAUUACUCGAGCGAUUUUUCAAAAAGCUUUCGGCAUUCGACCUCUUGGAAAAGCUCCAAGUUGAGGAUGCAAAUGGUUGAUAAAGUGCACAUAACCAGUAUCCUACCGAUCUGUAUAUUUGAUUCUGAUACACUCUAUAAUGAUACUUUGUUAUCUGGCACUUAUCAACCAAUGCACAUGAAACAGAUG